ACCUCGCGUGCCCUGCUGCCUCCUCUCAGCUACCUCUCCCCCCUCGCUCCUUAUCUCCUCUCUUCCCAUCGCCCACAUCCGCAACACUCGCUCGCUCGUCCAUUAGUCAUGGCGGGCCCUCCGCGUAUCCCCUCCGCCCGCCGCAUCCUUCUCCUCGCCGCGCUCCCCUGCGCCUGAGCCUGCGUCUGCGGGCCCAUCACCCCUAAAUCCCGCUCGUCUCCGCCCUGCCCUUGCGAGAUCCGCCCGUCUCCCCUCGGCCUCCCGCUCUUCUGUGCCCGCAUCGCCCGCGUCCGCCAUCGGUGCGCCCUGCCGCCCCUGCCGCCCUGCCGCACGUCGUUUCCUCGCCUCUUCAAAGCCAGCCACCACGGCGACCCCACGCGCUGUCAAGUCGCGCCGCAUGUCGCUGGACGACACCAGCGGCACCGCCGCCUCCGCAGCGGCGGCAGCGGGUGGCAGCGGCGCGGGCGGGAAUGCGGAGGCGAUGGACGAGGAGGAGGGAUCGCAGGGCGACGGCAUGGGGGGGAUGGGCGGCGGCAACGGCGGGGGCAGCAGCGGGGGCGACGGCAAGGCGUCGCUGGGGGAGCUGCGGAGCCGGGGCGAGUGGAGCCGCGAGGCGACGGCGGUGCUGCUGGAGGCGUGGAGCGACAACUACCUGGCGUCGGACCAGGGCAACCUCAAGGCGGCGCAGUGGGAGGAGGUCACGUCGCGCGUCAACGCGCGGGGCGGCGGCGGCAAGGCGGCGAAGACGGUGGUGCAGUGCCGCAUGAAGCUGGACUCGCUCAAGAAGAAGUACAAGGCGGAGCGCCUGCGAUGGCGGGGACUGAGCCGGUGGGAGCACUACAAGAAGCUCGACCAGCUCAUCGGCGGCCACAAACGCGUCGCCGGGGCCGGCGGCAGCAGCGCCGCCGCCAUGGGUGAGGAUCUGGAGUCGUCGGGCGUGGGGGGCGGCGGCGGGAUGAGCUCCGGAGGGGCCACUCUCCCCGCCACGCCUGUGUAUCCUGCCGUCGCCUCCGCGCCCGCCGCCGCGCUGUCCGCAGGGGGGUUGGGCGGGCCGGCAAUGGGCACGGUCAUGGGCAUGCCGCCGGCGGACGGCACCUACUUUCUGCACAACAUUGCGGCGGGCGGCAUGGCUGGCAGGUUCGUGGGGGCCGGCAGCGGCAACGGUACAGGCGGGCAGGAGGCAGGCAUGGGGGCGAUGGGGGGCAUGGGGCAAGCAGUGGCGGGUGGGGAGGGAGUGGGCGGGGCAGCAGUAGCAGCAGCAGCAGCGGCGGCGGUGGUGGGUGGGGACGACUCGGUGCGGAGCUUGGCGGAGGCGAUCAGCAGCUUUGGUGAGCUGUACGCGCGCGUGGAGGUGGAGAAGCAGCGGUACCUGGUGGCGCUGGAGCAGCGGCGUAUGGAGUUCCAGCGCGAGCAGGAGACGCGCAAGAUGGAGGUGCUGCGCGACAUGGAGCUCAAGCGCAUGGAGAUGGAGAUGAAGUUCCAGCUCGAAAUCGCGAAGCUCGCCUCGCCCUCGCCCACCACGCACCUCCCGCAACCCCCCUCCUCAUCCCCAUCUCCCGCGGCCGCUGCUGCUGCCACUGCGGGUGGUGCCGGCACUGCGUCCACCCCCCUGGUCCACGCCCAUGCUCGCGGCUUAUCCGCCCCCUCACCUGUCCCAUGGCCCCUCUCCUCGCCCGCUGCUGCAUCCCAGCACCACCUGCCGUCGCCCAUGGCCACGGCUCCCACCGCAUCUCACGACCCCAGUGCUGCCCAUGGCCUCGCGCACCCCUCCACAUGUGACCCCUCGCCCACUACCCAUCCCGCCGCCUCCCACCCGCCCUCCACUGCCCCAUCGGCCCCCCAGCAUUGCUCCUCACAGCCUGCCUCCCCCCCGUGCCCUGCUGCUGCAGCUGCUGGUGGUGCCAGUGGUGGUGUGGAGGGCGGGGCAGGCGGCAAGGGGCGCGGUGGGCCUGAGGAUGGGAGGCAGAGCGAAGAGGAGGGGCUGGGCCAUGGGGAGGGGGGGGAGGAGGAAGGGCAGGAUGCAUUGGAGCGACAGACGUCAGAGGAGGGGGAGGGGGGGAGUGAGCAGGAAGAGGAGGAGGAGGAGGACACAGAGGCACACUCUGACUCGCCGAGCUAGCUAGCCUGUCUAGGGUUUAGGGCCUGCCUCCAACACCACCUGCACCUCCCGCCCACCACCAAGCCGGUCUUUUGUCCCAUUUAUCCGACACCCAUUUCACUCUCUCGACUUCCCUCGCAGCACCGCCGCCUCUCAUUCUCGCUGGUCUGUGAGUGCUGCACAGCGUGCAUGUGACACAGCUCAUUGCUUGCGGUGCAUGCAGCUGGGGGUCCAUGGCGCCUUGCACAAUACCCUGCAAGGAUCUAGAAACACAGCUGCGAUUCACAUGCAAUGGCACCAACCAAGGCGUGUUGUCGACCCGGCACUUGACAUUAACCUACAGCAUACGCUGUGUAUGGGUUAGCGCAUCGCUCGCGUUGCAUGUGUUGCAAGCACCUUAGAGAGCCAUGUGGCUAAGCACACAUGUAGGUGAGACCACGGUUUGAUCCCCAUUUGUGUUGUCUCUACUUGCAUGAAAGCUGUUAGUGAU